CAUUUAAAAAAAUACCAUUUGGAUUGAGGCACAGUUUUACUAACUUUAUGAAGCUAAACUGUGAAUGGAUGUGUCAUUCAUUCUUGUUUACUGUUUGUUUGUACACAUAUUUAAUUUACACUUGAUUAUCUUGCAAGAAAUACAAGGAAUCUGGAAAACGUCACUUGCACUGUUUAGGUAUUUCUAUCUGACUCACAAUGGUGGAAUUUUUGGCUUUUAUUUAUUUCUGGUCAUCUUCGGUAUUCUGUGGCUUAAGCAUAUCUUUUCCUGCCCAGAAAUAUUGAACCUGCCCUGAAGCAAGCUGCUUCUGCUCUUUUUCUUUGUCGUAAUGUCGUCAAUGCUGAAGGUAAAUUGAGAAGAACAGCCACUUGGAUGAUUUAUCCCGGGACAGAAGCACAGAAGACCUUCAGCAACAGGGCAGGAGGGUUUUUUUCUUCCUUUUUGACCUUUGCAGUAAUGUUUGUUCCAGUGUUCUGCAGAAAGAAGAAAAUGGAAAUCUACCAGGCAGCUGCACUGUAGCUCUGACACAUUUUGCUUGUCUUAUGUUGUGAAGCUGAAAGGUGCUGGUUGUAAAUCCUGCAGGUGUUGAUCAUUGUAGGGUGUGUUUAACGUUUUUUUUUUUGUUUGUUUUUAAACACAGGUUAGUUCUUGACUGCCGACGAAGCUUGAUGUCAGCUGUGAAGAAGGUUUCAGGAACAACUGUCGUAACUUAAAUUUGACACCUUUGCGUUCCUGUCCAAUGCCGUGCGCGCGGAAUGCUGCUGGCUCCGUACUGAAGCAUCAUGAGGCGGGGCUGUCGAUGUGCAGCGUGUGGGAGGGCUUUGCAAACAUUCCCCUCUAAUUGACCAGGGAGCGGAAUCAGUUGGGGAUCGGAGCAGCCUCAGACUGACGCAGAGGAAGUAACCGAACCUCAUGUCGGUGCGUAACAGGAGUGGAAUUAGGAUUAUUUUGCGUUUUAAUGAGUAAAUGUGGGCUUUAGUUGCCAUGAAAGCAAACCGAGUUUUUUAGGUGACUAAACAUUUAAUUGUUUCGUUUUAAACAGUUGUCAUGAAUUAAUCCUGCUGCGCUGCCUGUUGACAUGAAGAAAAGUUGGAGCGUCCUGCGUCCUUUCGGGGAGUUACAUCUCCUGGACAUUUCAGUCUUGAAGAAAAUGCGUCGCUCGCGGACGCAUGGACUUUAGAAGCAGGACACCAAACCUCGCGCCGAUGGCUAAUGUGGAGCUCCUCUACUUUGAUCAGCCGGAUCCGAGAGGCACUUUCUACCUCUCUGCAAAGCAAAGUCACAAUAAAGGCGGCUACGGGGGCGGAGAGCCGCCUCAUCCCUCCGGAGGACAGAAUUCAGCACCACGGAGAGAGACCCUGAAAGCUGAGGAGGAAACAGCUUUCAGAUGCAAACAUGAUGAAGAUGAACGGCUGAUCUGCCAGCUGGUUGAUUUGCACGAUGAUGAAGAAGAGGGUGGGCAGGAGGAAGAUCAGGACGACGUCCCAGAACUUUUUCUGUUAUCCGAAGAAGACCUGUCUACAGACAGCUCAGGGAGGUCUGUGGAUUACGGCUUCAUCAUCGCCGUCACGUGCCUGGUCACCGGCAUCUCCCUGGUCGCCAUAACGUACACGGUCCCCAGGGACGUGCGCGUGGACCCGGACAGUGUGUCGGCCCGGGAGAUGGAGCGCCUGGAGAGGGACAGAGCCAGAGUGGACGCCCAUCUGGACCGGUGCGUCAUAGCGGGACUGUGCCUGUUAACCCUGGGGGGCGUGCUCCUGUCUGCGCUGCUCACGGUCUCCAUGUGGAAGGGGGAGAUGAUGAGAAGGAGAGCACUGGCUGACUCCAAACUCGCUGCCAGGCUGUACGGUUCGCUCAGUCUGAGGACGGGAUCCAGCCAGACUCUGGAGUCCUGUUCGCAGCUGUCAGCGGAGGACGAAGAUUUGGAUCUGCUCAGCUGAAUUUGAAAACAGACAAAGGCCCAAAAGGAUUAUGAAAAAUAAUGUCUGGCUAUCUGUUCGGUUCAUGUCAGCAUCAUGAUGUUCAGUCCGGGACCACAAGCAGCGCAGGCUCAGCAUUAGUGUCAUGCGAAAUGACGUGGGAAGUCCAUUUCUUGUGAUGCCUGGAAGAAAAUUGGGUCAUUAAUGCUGAUUUUUGGUAUUUCAAACUCUCAUUGAAUCUCUUCACGCAGCAGAAUGUGCAUCAAGUUGCUUCAUCUUUUAUUUUCCAACAUCCCCUCUAUUCAAAUGCGGAGAUCAAUGCUGGAUGUGUGGGAUGUCGGCCAGUUUUUGACAUGGUGAUAUCUGCACUUAUGUGCAUCAUAAAUACAAAUUGUUGCAAUACAGUUCAGGUGAACACCUCCAGAAAAAUGCAGAAAGAAACAUGUGAAUGUUUCAGAAUUAUCCACUUGGAAUAAAUAGUAUUCCUGUUGAAAUAUAUGCAGGUGCUCUUGGAUUGGUUGCUGUGUGGAUCGAAAGAAAAACAAAGCAUUCACUUUGGAUUUAUUACAAAGAGACAGAAUUUGGUCAUGUUUUAAUGUUAAUGCAAGAAUCUUAAAUUCUAUUUUGGUUUUUCAACGAGUGAGGAGAAGCAGAAACUGGAAAAAUAAGAUCUCUGGUUGCAGCCUUCUGGUCCAUUUGAAACCUUAAAACAUUCAUUUUGGAAUUACAGUAGUAUAAUCUUGAAAUAAACGGAGGGAUUUAUUACUCUGUCAGACUAAAUGUUCCUGAAUUUAUAGAUAUGUAAAUAUAAGAAGUCAGCUCUAGAAAUCGUGUUUAUUUUUCUCAAUUCAGAUAUAUCUCGUUAAAAUUGGACACUAAAUGACAUGUAAAGGUUUUGGAGACCAAAUAAAUGCCAUUCAAAGUAAGAACACUGAUGUAGAUGGAGUCCUGUGAUGCAUAGACUUAAAAAUAAAAACUUUCUUUUUUUAAAACAA